UUAAAACCGUAUAAAUAUACAAUAUUGAAGGUGUAAGAUUUGUAUAUACAAAAUGGAACUCCAAAGGCGUAGCGUACUGUUUCUUCUAGUUCUAUCUCUUCUGAUUCAUACACAAUUCAAAGUCGUUGGUUCACUUGAUCAAGCCUCUGUGUCAUCUAUUGAUGUAAAACGUCAUCACUUAACCGUGGAAACGAUGUCGUUUCCGGGUGAUUUUGUGCGGAGACAGCUUGCCGGUGGUGGUGGUGGUGGUGGUGGUGGAGGGGGAGGCGGCGGCUCUCGAGGUGGUUCUUCAGGUGGAGGCAGUAGUGGUGGGGGAAGUCGUGGAGGUGGAGGUGGUGGAUCAAGUGGAGGAGGAAGCUCAAACCGUGGUGGCAGUGGUGGCUCUGGAGGAAAUAAGGGUGGAAAAGGUGGUGGCAGUCGUGGUGGUGGUGGUGAUGACGGUGGUGAUGACGGUGGUGAUAGCGGAGGUGGUAGCGGAAGUAGUGGAAACACUCAGGGUGGAGGACGACCAGUUCCCGUAGUUCCCGGCGGCCGAUUUCCAAGCGAUGGUGUCCGAAUUCAAUAUUCUUUAGUGUUGUUCAUCUUCACGACAUGCUUCAUUCUCAUGUUUUAUUAGACUCCAAAUUUUAGUUUUCUAAGAUUUUUUUUUCUCUCUCUCUCUUCUUAGUCUUUUUUAUUUUUGGUUUGACAAAGCUCUUUUUAAUUAGUUGAAUUAUUUUGUUUAAUAUAAUUAUUUUUUGGUU